AUGGGUUUGGAUCUGGAGAAGCGCGUGAUCUUAGAGCCCAAAGCUGAGCACAAGGGCACCAUCCUCUGCCUCCACGGCCUCGGGGACUCCUCGAAGUAUUGGGAGCAGUUCUUCGAGGCCCUGUGCACCUCCCAGGAUCUCGCAGGCAUCAGAUGCCUCGCCCUGGACGCGCCGCGGCGCCUGGUGUGGGGAGAGCGCCAAGCAGCCUGGUUCGAGUACCUCUCCGACAAGAGCGGCACCCAGGAGGAGGACGAGAUCAACGAGAAGGAUCUGGAGGAGACCUGCCGCGCGCUUCACGCCUGGAUCCUCCGAGAGGCUGCCUCGGGGCUGCCUGUGCUGCUGCUGGGCUCCUCCCAGGGCGGCAGCGUGGCCUGUCACGCCGCGCUCACCGCUGCCACGCCGCUGGCAGGUGUGGCCAUGCUGCGGUCUCUGGUACUCAGUGCAACGGCAAAGGCGGCAGCCACGCGGCAGAAGCUGCCGCUUCUAGCGGUCAGUGGCGCUUCUGAUGACGUGUUCCUUCUGCCGUUGGUGGAGCGCAACUUGAAGAGCAUCGCAGGCUUUGCGCAGGUGAAGCAUCAAGUCAUCGAGGGCUUGGACCACAUGACCGAGUACGACGCGCAGGAGCUGGCCCUGGUGGCUGGCUUCAUCGCUGAGCGCCUGAAGGCGCCAUUGGGUUCCGACCUCAAGGCGCGGCUGGCGCAGUGGACGUCAGCCCGCUGCCCCCGGUCUAAGGCCUGGGAGCAGCUGACGGACUCGGAGCUGCGCAUGGCGCGGCAGCUGGGCUGCAGGUGCGCGGCCAACUGGGACGAGGCCAGCGCCAAGGUCUGGGAGCUGAAGUGGGACCAGCUGUCCCACCUCCAGCGUCAAGCAGCUGCUGCCCUUGGCUUCACCGCUGACGACUGGGACGGCGACAAAGCCGACGCCGCGGACGGAGCCAGCGGCGACCCCGCCGCGGACCGGAGCUGGGAGGACUUGGACGACGACAUGCGCGCGCUCGCAGCGAAGCUGGGCGUGAAGAGCCGGAGGGCCUGGGACGAGGGCACGGCCCCGGUCUGGCAGAAGCUCUGGCGGAAGCUGAGCCCCGCGGAGAAGAAGGCGGCCGAGGCCCUGGGAUUCACGCAGCCCCGCUGGGACGAAGGCCGGGAAGGUUCGAUUGCCUUCCUGGCAGAGGGCUUUGAACGGCGGCAGACUCGACUUGGCGAUGCCCAGAGCACGCAGCGCCAUGGUGCCACCGGGCGCGUGCCGCGCGCCAUGGCGCGUCCCUCCGCAUCUCGGCAGAACUGCCAGGAGCUCGAGGAGGAACACGAGAGGAUGCGGGAGGAGGUGGUGGACCUCAAAAUCACCGUGGACGGUUUAGAAACCGAGCGGGACUUCUACUUCCAGAAGCUCCGUGACAUAGAGAUCAUGUGCCAGGCUUGGGAGGAGAACCCAGAUGCCAGCAUGACGGUCAGCAAGUUUGUGGAGGAGGUCCAGAACAUCCUCUAUGCCAAGGACCUUUUUUCUCCUCACGCGCAGAGCGAGGAUCAUCCAUAUGUGACCUGCGGCCGUGUCGGGGCGAGCAGGUACUUGGACAACAACAACCGAAGCAAUGCAGAAGAGGAGCAUGCCGUGCUAGAGCUGGAAUCUAGGCUGCCAGAUGCAGACCGUCCGCCGAUGGCGCCAGUGUUCUGCGACUUCCCUGGCAUGUCUACCGUGUCGCUCGAGCAACCGGAUCUGCGGCUAGCUGGCGACUUCUACAACUUGCCUCAGAACGUCUCUCGAGGUGUGGAGUUGCUGCCGAUGCCGGCGGAGCCGCCGAUGUUUGGGCUGCAUCAUCCAGGAGAAGGACAAUGCCUUCAUGCCAGGGAUUCCAGGUCUGCCAUAUGA